AUGAACACGGGCGAGUCACUCGGCCUCGUGCUCAACGACGGCCACGGACUGGUGCUCAAGGCCGAGGGCGACCUGUCGUACACGGCGCGCCACCAGAAGAACGGCUUCUUCACGAGCAUUGCCAAGAAAGCCAUCGACUUGGGCCAACCCGCCGACGACGGCACCGACUGGACGGCGCUGCGGCUCGCGUUGCGGUCCGUGUCGCUGUCGCCGUCGUCGCCGUCGUCGCCGUGCUUUGAAGCAUAUGCGGUCGACAAUUAUGAGAUUUUAUGCAUUUUGCUUCGUGUAGUAUACGUCAAUAGCGUUUCACACCAAAGCGGUAGUUCCUACUAUCUCAGUCGCAUCGGAUAUUCGUAA